AUGAUCCAUAUUGUCACAGAUCCCUCAGAUGUGUAUGCCAAUGCAUAUGCAGCAUUUUAUCAGGAUCUGGAUGUGUACUGGAGGCUUCUAAAGGAUACAGAUGCUGUAAACUGGGCCAACUCCUUCCAACUCUGUGGGAAUCAAGAAGGGAUAGCUGAAGCUACUCAGGAUGCAGCAGCUGCCAAGCAAACAGAGUUAUCUGCAACUCCUUGCAUCCUCUAUGUGGUUCCUGAUCCAAAUAAACUCCAUGCGCCUGGGCUAGAGCCCAGCUUCACACUUUCCUCCUUGAAUAGUUCCCACGUUGAUCUACUGAAUGAAAACUGGGCCUAUGGCGCAAUGAACAAAGCUGCAGGUAUCUGGCCAAAAUGA